AUGGCCACAUCUGGCAGGAUCAGUUUUACAGUGAGGAGCAUUUUGGAUUUACCAGAGCAGGAUGCUAAUAGCAUAAAGCAAGCCUCUGACCAUCACCACUCAGCGGAGAACUACAGCGGCUCGCCGUAUCAAGGGUGGAUAGAAACAGACAGAAAUCACUAUCCCUCUUCCGACGAGAGCGGUCCGGAGAUGAGCUUGCCCGACUCCACCCAAAGGUCGCUCCCCGCCCGCGGCUCGGAGGCCGAGGAAAAGAAGAAGAAGCGGCGGGUGCUCUUCUCCAAGGCGCAGACGCUGGAGCUGGAGCGGCGGUUCCGGCAGCAGCGAUACCUUUCGGCGCCGGAGCGGGAGCAGCUGGCCCGGCUGCUCAGCCUCACCCCCACCCAGGUGAAGAUCUGGUUCCAGAACCACCGCUACAAGAUGAAGCGGGCGCGAAGCGAGGGCCCCGGCAGCCCGCAGCCGCGCCCGCCCGCCCUGCUGCGCCGGGUGGUGGUGCCGGUGCUGGUGCGGGACGGGGAGCCCUGCCGCGGCUGCCCCUCCAGCCCGCCGGCGCCCGCGGCGCGCCCCAAGCUGGGCUGCGCCCUGGCGGGAUGCAGCGCCCAGGCCGCCCUCGCCCUGCAGGGCUACCGAGCCUGCCCGCCCGCCGCCGCCCUCGGCGUCUUCCCCGCGUACCAGCACUUAGCGCACCCCGCCGUGGUCUCCUGGGGAUGGUGACAGCGGCGCUUUGCCCUCUGGGGCCGGACUCAUCCCACGGGCGGGGGCGGCCCGCCCCAGCCCCGGGCUGCAUCGCGGGGAAGGCGCCGGGGCACCGCGGGCCGGGCCCGGGCGGGCCGGGCGGCGGAGCGCGGCUCCGGGGCGGCCAAAGGCCCGGACGGAGCUGGCCGGGGCCACGCUCCCCUCCGCCGGCCUCACCCGAGGGCGAGGAUGCCGCGUGAGGCGCGAAUUUUGUAAAACCUCUGCUCCUCCUCCUCCUGUUCGAGAGAUUCCUUGUU